AUCAGUCACACAUACUAUAAUAUAUGGUCCUAAUGUGUCGUUUGCUAUUUAGUUUAUUCCUCUAACGCGUCAGAAUGAUGUGAAGAACCAAAGGAGGUUAAAUGGUGAGAAGACUUCAGUGUUUUACACGAGUGAAGAAGAACAAGGUUGCCUCUUGCUGAGAAGUUUUAUUGAGAUGCAGAUCUUUAGAGACUGAAGACGCACAAGAAGAUGAUCUUCUGGAUCCUGCUGCUCUUCAUCCUGACCUCCUCUUCCUCUGGAUCAUUUGUAGUGAAUGUGACACAGAGCUCCUAUCAGGCAGAGGAGAACCACAACAUCUCACUGGAAUGGACGUUCACCACCAACACUCAACGCUCCACAAAUGUAAUUCAUACCCUCUGUCAACUGUUCACUGAUGUCAGACAGUCAGUCCUGUUUCACAUACUUGAUGGUGUGGAGGUUCCAGAGUCUCAGGAUGAACAGUUUGCAGGACGAGUCCAGUGGGACAAAGACGUCCUCAGAGAAGGACGACUCAGACUUCAUGUGUCCAGACUCAGGACUGCUGACUCGGGUCUGUACCUGUGUGACGUGUUCACAAGAUAUGGGGCGAACUCUAGACAAUGUCACCUCAAUGUCACUGCAGAGAGGGAUCGGCCUGAACCUGAGACACAAAGCGCAACAAAUCCGAGAAGAGAUCCUUCACCAACAGAAAGUCGAGCACAACCAGAGAGUCGGGGAAGGAUCGGACUCUACUGUGUACUGGGACUGACAGCAGCUGUACUGGUUUAGUUUACACUUGUUUUCUGCAUUGUUAACAAUAUUUCUACUUGACAAAACCAAACAAACAGCCAUUAUUAAGCCUUUAGGUGUUUGCACUAAAAGAUCCUGAUGUGGACUUCAGUCAGUCUGAGACACAUCUGGAUCUGUGUAUGACACAUGUGUAUGUCUGUGGAUUAACAGCAGCAUAAAGUUAUGAACAGAAAUAGGGACAAAUAUGAGAUUCACUGACAACAUUACUAUAAACAUACAGUGUUAUUUAAUAAUCACAAAGUUUAUGAAGGAGCACAUUUAAGUGAAUAAGUGAUAUCACAAUGAUGUCAGCUAAUUAGCCAAGUAGCUGAGUCUAGUAGCACCACAAUGCAAAGACUCAUGGGAACUAACAAGAUGCCACUUUUAAAUUGAAUUGCAAAUGUUCUGUGCAAUUGUGUGGUAGCCUCUGUCUCAGUGUAUGAAUGUAUGUGAA